UACUGCAAAACUAAGUUAUGUUAAUGACAACAAUGCAAGUUGUGCUAUUUAUUGCGAGAGUAAUCAAGGACCACACAUGGGCAAUUUCUAUUGUAACGGUACCGACAACUGGACAUUUUAUCAUUCUGAUAUUAGUGAUGCUAAUUUUGCUUAUCCUAAAAUAGGAAUUCCAGAAAGUUUUAAGGUGGAAAAAUAUGAAGUAUUUCAAGUAAUUAAAAAAUAA